UUUUUUCAGCCAUAAUUUUGGCGGUAAAAAGUAAAUACAGGUUGUUUCAAAUUUCAAUGUUUGUCGUGGUAGGUUUACUAAAAGCAUAAAGAAAUUAUAUAAAAUUAAUAUUUUAACAAAAUUAUUAUUGAAUAUGUCAAACAUUAAGAAUAUAACGACUGUGGCUCGUUCACUGACCAAACGACCAUUUCGAGUUUCUAUUGAAGGUAAUAUAGGAUCAGGAAAAUCGACGUGUAUAAAACAUUUUGAAAAAUACAGUAUCGUGGAAACACACGCAGAACCUAUUCAAGAAUGGCGCAAUGUUAGCGGUCAUAACUUACUCGGGCUGUUGUAUAGUGAUCUUAACAAAUGGAGCUUUGCAUUUGAACACUAUGUGCACCUCAGCCGGUUAAAGAUUCAAACCAGUCCACCGUCUAACCCAAAUGUUAGUGUGAAGAUGUUUGAAAGGUCAGUACAAAACAGCAGGCACUGUUUUGUAGAGAAUGCUAAGAAACAGAAUUUUCUUCAUGACCCACAGUACCAAGUUCUUGUUACUUGGUUUGAAUAUACUGAAAAGAAUUUAGACAUUAACUUAGAUUUAAUAGUAUAUUUGCGGACAACACCCGAAGUCGUUUGGGAACGAAUGAUGAACAGAGGCAGGGCUGAGGAAUCUGAAGUACCUUUGGAAUAUUUACAACAAGUGCACGAAUCAUAUGAGAAAUGGUUAAGCUUCCCCGAUGUCGGCUGUGAAGUGUUAACAAUUGAUGCCAAUCGAGACAUAAAAUAUGUUAUUGAGGAUUUAGAAAGAUAUACAUAUAAGAUAUUAGGUGGUAAUCAUACUAAUUAGAAAAAUGCAGCUAUGUUAAAAAAAACUGGAUAAUUAUUCAGUGUAAACUCUAAGUGUAGGGAAAUGUUAUGUGUAAACAACAUAGAAACAUUGAUUUACUAUUAUUUUAUAUUUUAUUAAUAGACUAAGAUUCCACUGCUUGAUUCUGCAGAUAUGUUUUUU